GUUCGACAUUCAACUAUAACCUCCCACCUGUCUGCCAUGCCUAGAUCAAGGUCAAGGUCGCCACGAUCUUCUCGCCGUGAACACUCUGAGCGCGAUAGAGAUCAUCGCUCAUCACACAAAAGCUCUCGAUCGUCCAAUAGAGACAGGAGUCCGCCUGCACGUCGAUCACGCAGUCGUGCAUCAGUUGAGCGUGAAGAUGAAUAUGGCCGUAGUCGACGUCGAGACGACCGACGACGACGUUCCGAUUCUGAAGAAGACCGACGAGAUCGCAAACGCAGUAAAAAGGACAAAAAGAAGCAUAAAAAGUCCAGGAAGGAGCGAUAUGAGGAAGAAGAGGAAGAAGAAGAGGAGGAAGAAGACCCGAGGGAUCCAACGUCCACACGACCCAGAUUGGAUGAUCUUGGUUAUACCAACGUCAACAACCCAUUUAACGACGUCAACCUCGAAUCCAAAUUUCAAUGGACCAAGAAAAAGGAGAAGGAUCGAAAAGCGGGACUCAAUGCAUCGGAUAUGAGACAACGUGAGAAGGACAGACGACGUGAUACAGAAGAAGAACUGGCCAAAUUGAACAAACGUCGUGCCGAACGAGAGAUCGAAAUGGAGUUGAGAGAAGAGGAAAAAGCUCGUAUGCAACGUGACGCUGAAUUGGCACAAAUGGGUGACUGGAAAGCAAAAGAAGACGAGUUUCAUUUGGAGCAAGCUAAGAAACGUGCAGAAAUUAGAAUUCGAGAAGGUCGCGCCAAGCCAAUAGACAUUCUGGCAAUGAACAUGCGCUUGGCCAAUGAAGCUGAUAAGGUCGAAGAAGAAGUUGAUUUGGAAGUUGACUUGGAUGAACCGUACACCAUUUUUGACGACCUCACAUUGGCGGAAACAGAAGAGCUUCAUCGUGACAUCCAAAUGUACCUUACAUUGGAGAAGAAUGAAGAAAGUUUAGAGUUCUGGAGAGCCAUGUUAUUGGUAUCUGCAGAUAUUCUUGAAAAGAUGGUUCAAGACUCGGAACAGCGGGCAUUAGGCGGUGUAUCCGAUUCUGUCAAACAAGAUAUAGAGAAUUUGCUUUCCAACAAAACUUUGGAUCAGCUCACAGCAUUGCAAAUGCAAGUCACCAAGAAACUGCAAUCCAACGAGCCAAUUGAUGUGGAGUAUUGGGAAAACCUCUUGAAGGAACUCAUCAUCUACAAGGCCAAGGCUAAGCUACGAGAUAUGCAUCAAGUUCUCUUGACGAAGCGCCUCGAACAGCUUCGUCUCAGACAACGAAUGGAAGCUCAAAAGGUACAAGAAGAAUUGGAGAAAGUGUUGGCAAUGCAUGGUCAAGUACGUGGCCGUGGUGUUGAAUCAGGCGAAGGUCUUGAAGCCGAGCCUGUGGAUGAAAGUCUCACGGAAGAACAAGAUAAGCGAUUUGAGGAAUCUGUUGAAGAGGAAAUUGAGGCGACUACCAGUCGAUAUGAACGCGGCAUGAGCCCUGUCUUGUUCACCAAAUUAUCUAACGAAGAUAAGGAACUUCCCAUUCUUGAUCCUGAAGAAGAUACGAAACAUCUGUUGGAAGCAAGACGCAAAGUCAUGUCUAGCAAGGUCAUCCCUGCUAAAUCCAAACCUAAGGCUAUCGUCAAACCUGAUGAAGUGGCGGCUGGAAUGGCAGCCUCCAUCGCCUCGGAUGUUUUGUUUGACCAGGAAGCAGCCAAAGGCAUUGAUGAAGAUGAAGAAAUGUUCAAUAUCGAAACAGAGUUGGCAAAGGAGGCUUACUUAUGGCAAGACAAAUACCGCCCACGCAAACCAAGAUACUUCAAUCGUGUUCACACAGGUUACGAGUGGAACAAAUACAACCAAACGCAUUACGAUCAGGACAACCCGCCACCAAAAGUUGUACAAGGCUACAAGUUUAACAUCUUUUACCCUGAUCUCAUCGAUAAAUCCAGCGCGCCGACCUAUUUCAUUGAAAAGGAUCCGGGUACCAACGAGACGGUUACCAUUCGGUUCCAUGCUGGACCGCCCUACGAGGACGUUGCUUUUCGUAUUGUAAAUCGAGAAUGGGAAUACUCACACAAGAAAGGGUUCAGAAGUGCCUUUGACCGCGGUAUUCUGUCUCUACACUUUCACUUUAAGCGAGAAUUUUACAGAAAGUAAUUCUGUCUGUGGUGUUUUUUUUUUUUUUGGCUCGCUUGUCAAAAAUUAAUAAAAAAAUAAAAAAUAAAAAAGAGAUCGCAGUGCUUCAUACCAGUAAGACGAAGGCAGAAUGUGGUUCUCAAGAGUUCGAUUGAGCCUAUGUAGGACACAGACCUCGAUAGCGUUCCAACGGAAUUUCGC